AAGAGCAAGGUGGAACAAUCUGUGUCUUUGAUGAUCUCCUCCAAGAAAUUUAAAGCAAGUGAGAUCGAAAAUGGGACCAUACUAGAGAGUAAGACAAGCAGUAAAGCGAUCACAGCUCUCCCAGGGUGGCUUCAGAAGUACAAGAACGAGAACCAACAUGUCGGAACUGAUGUAGAUAACUCAAUCUGUGAUUCAGUAUACAAAAGAUCUUCUCUGUCUCCUUCUUCUUCUUCCAAUACAUAUGCUCAUACAAGAGAGAUGGAGUAUGUCUCCAGGUUUAAUGAGAUGAAUGCUGAAAACUUAAGAACUCUAUGUGAUGCCUUGAGAAGCAAGGCACAAAGGCAGAAGGAUGUGAUCCCUAAUAUCGCAAAAACUAUCUUAAGUUGUAGGUCAGGGUCAACACCUAAGAAGCUAAGAAACGGGAACAGAAAAGAAGAAACAUGGUUACUCUUCCAAGGUUUGGAUUUUGAGGCCAAAGAGAAGAUAGGUAGAGAGUUGGCAGAACUUGUGUUUGGGUCUCAAAACAGUUUCCUCUCAAUUAGCUUGAGAGACAAGAAAAGAAAGAGAGAUGAAGAUAGCUUGAGCUACACUCAUAGAUUGUUUGAAGCAGUGUCUUGCGAUCCACAUAGAGUGUUCUUCGUGGAAGAUAUAGAGGAAGCUGACUAUUACUGUCAGAUGGGGUUCAAGAGAGCCAUUGAGAGAGGAAGAGUCCAAAGUGAAAAUGGUGAAGAAGCUUUGCUUAGAGACGCGAUCGUGAUCUUGUGCUGUGAAAGAGUUAUGUCAAGAUCAAGAAGGUCUUCACCUCCAGAAGACGAGAGAAAGAUGAGGAGUUCUUGUAUAUCUCUCGAUCUAAACCUCUCUCUUCACCAUGAUAGUGAUGAUGGACAAUAUUGCAGUGAUCAUAUUGAUUUACGUGACGCUGUAGAUGCAGACAUUCUUUUCAGCAAGUCGGCAACAUGAUCUUGUUACACAUGGUCAGGGUCAUGUGUGUUAUAUACUUCUAUUUGGGACAAUUUUCUGGCUCAAUCUUGUAAUUAGGACGCUUAGGAACUUUGUAGAGGGGUAUGUUAACA